CCGCCGCCGUGUCGCCCCCGCCUCGCCCGCACCAUGAUCGCCGCGGCUUUCCUCGUCUUGCUGAGACCCUACAGCAUCCAAUGUGCCCUCUUCCUCUUGUUGCUUCUGCUGGGCACUAUCGCCACCAUCGUCUUCUUCUGCUGCUGGCACCGCAAGCUCCAGAAGGGGAGGCAUCCGAUGAAAUCGGUCUUUUCGGGUCGCUCUAGAAGCCGAGAUGCUGUUAUGAGAUCGCACCACUUUCGUUCUGAGGGAUUCAGAGCAAGCCCUCGCCAUAUUAGAAGACGCCUUGCAGCGGCCGCAGCUGCCCGUCUGGAAGAAGCGAAGCCAGUGGUGGAAGUUCACCAUCAGAGUGAGCAAGAAUCUUCAGUGAGGAAACGAAGAAUCAAGAAAAGUAGCCGAGUCCAGCCAGAAUUUUAUCAGACUGUUCAGGGUGCUUCAACCAGGAGGCCUAGUUCCGGGAACGCGUCCUACCGCUGCUCUAUGUCUUCCUCUGCGGAUUUUUCCGACGAAGAUGAUUUCAGCCAGAAAUCCGGCUCGGCAUCCCCAGCUCCGGGAGACACCUUACCCUGGAAUCUGCCUAAACACGAGAGAUCGAAAAGAAAGAUUCAAGGGGGCUCGGUGCUGGACCCUGCCGAGAGGGCAGUGCUUAGGAUAGCGGAUGAACGGGACAAAGUUCAAAAGAAAACAUUUACAAAAUGGAUAAAUCAGCAUCUCAUGAAGGUUCGAAAACAUGUGAAUGAUCUCUAUGAAGACUUAAGGGAUGGACACAAUUUAAUUUCUCUUUUAGAGGUGCUUUCGGGAGAUACCUUGCCAAGGGAGCGAGAUUUUUUGAAGACCUUACGAUUGCCCAGAGAGAAAGGUCGGAUGCGUUUUCACAGACUACAGAAUGUACAAAUUGCACUUGACUAUUUGAAAAGACGCCAGGUGAAAUUAGUGAACAUUAGAAAUGAUGACAUAACAGAUGGAAAUCCCAAAUUGACCUUGGGAUUAAUAUGGACAAUAAUUUUGCACUUUCAGAUAUCUGAUAUCCAUGUUACUGGAGAGUCAGAGGAUAUGUCUGCAAAGGAGAGAUUGCUACUGUGGACACAGCAGGCAACAGAGGGUUAUGCUGGAAUUCGAUGCGAAAAUUUCACUACCUGCUGGAGAGAUGGAAAACUAUUUAAUGCCAUCAUUCAUAAAUACAGGCCGGACCUGAUAGACAUGAAUACUGUUGCUGUUCAAAGCAACCUUGCAAAUUUAGAGCACGCUUUUUAUGUAGCAGAAAAAAUUGGUGUUAUAAGACUCCUGGACCCUGAAGAUGUUGAUGUCUCCUCACCUGAUGAAAAAUCAGUAAUAACUUAUGUUUCAUCUCUCUAUGAUGCAUUUCCUAAAGUCCCUGAAGGUGGUGAAGGCAUUGGUGCAAAUGAUGUUGAAGUCAAAUGGAUUGAAUACCAGAAUAUGGUGAACUACCUCAUCCAGUGGAUUAGACACCAUGUGACCACAAUGUCCGAGAGAACAUUUCCUAAUAAUCCUGUGGAACUAAAGGCACUUUAUAAUCAGUAUUUACAGUUUAAAGAAACAGAAAUUCCACCAAAGGAGACAGAAAAAUCAAAAAUUAAACGCCUAUAUAAAUUAUUAGAGAUUUGGAUAGAAUUUGGACGCAUCAAACUGCUUCAAGGUUAUCAUCCAAAUGACAUAGAAAAAGAGUGGGGGAAACUCAUUAUUGCCAUGCUCGAGAGGGAGAAGGCACUUCGUCCAGAAGUAGAAAGGUUGGAAAUGUUGCAGCAGAUUGCCAACCGAGUUCAGAGGGACAGUGUCAUCUGUGAAGACAAACUGAUUCUUGCCCGAAAUGCUCUCCAGUCUGAUUCUAAAAGGUUAGAAUCAGGGGUGCAGUUUCAGAAUGAAGCAGAAAUUGCCGGGUAUAUACUUGAAUGUGAGAACCUUUUACGCCAGCAUGUUAUUGAUGUACAGAUUCUUAUUGAUGGAAAAUAUUACCAGGCAGAUCAAUUGGUACAGAGGGUUGCAAAACUACGUGAUGACAUUAUGGCCUUAAGGAAUGAAUGUUCCUCUAUAUACAGCAAAGGACGCCUGCUGACAACAGAACAGACAAAGCUCAUGAUAUCAGGAAUCAGCCAGAGUUUAAACUCAGGAUUUUCACAGACCUUACACCCCAGUCUGAACUCAGGGUUGACCCAGAGUUUAACACCUUCCCUGACCUCAUCUAGUGUGACUUCUGGCCUGUCAUCAGGGAUGACUUCCCGCCUAACUCCAUCUGUCACUCCAGCUUAUACACCUGGUUUCCCAUCAGGAGUAGUUUCAAAUUUCAGUUCAGGAGUAGAGCCAAAUUCAUUGCAAACUCUGAAGUUGAUGCAGAUCCGAAAACCCCUUCUAAAGUCUUCUUUGCUGGAUCAAAAUUUAACAGAAGAGGAAAUCAACAUGAAAUUUGUUCAGGAUCUUUUGAAUUGGGUUGAUGAGAUGCAGGUACAGCUGGACCGCACUGAAUGGGGCUCAGAUUUGCCAAGUGUUGAAAGCCAUUUAGAAAAUCAUAAAAAUGUUCACAAAGCUAUUGAAGAAUUUGAAUCUAGCCUUAAAGAAGCUAAAAUCAGUGAGAUUCAAAUGACAGCACCUCUUAAACUAACUUAUGCAGAAAAAUUGCACAGAUUAGAGAGUCAGUAUGCAAAACUCUUGAAUACAUCCAGGAAUCAGGAACGGCACCUUGAUACACUCCAUAAUUUUGUGAGUCGUGCAACUAAUGAACUUAUUUGGCUGAAUGAAAAAGAAGAAGAGGAAGUUGCUUAUGACUGGAGUGAGAGGAAUACUAACAUAGCUCGGAAAAAAGAGUAUCAUGCCGAGCUAAUGAGAGAACUCGAUCAAAAGGAAGAAAAUAUUAAAUCAGUUCAGGAGAUAGCAGAGCAAUUACUUCUAGAAAAUCACCCAGCCCGGCUAACUAUUGAAGCCUACAGAGCGGCGAUGCAGACGCAGUGGAGCUGGAUCUUACAGCUCUGCCAGUGUGUGGAGCAGCACAUAAAGGAGAACACCGCAUAUUUCGAGUUUUUCAAUGAUGCCAAAGAAGCUACUGAUUACUUAAGGAAUCUCAAAGAUGCUAUUCAGCGGAAGUACAGCUGUGAUAGAUCAAGCAGCAUUCACAAGCUGGAAGACCUUGUUCAGGAAUCAAUGGAAGAGAAAGAAGAACUUCUGCAGUACAAAAGCACAGUGGCAACCUUGAUGGGGAAAGCGAAAACAAUAAUUCAGCUGAAGCCAAGGAAUUCCGACUGUCCACUCAAAACUUCUAUUCCAAUCAAAGCUAUUUGUGACUACAGACAAAUUGAGAUAACCAUUUACAAAGAUGAUGAAUGUGUUUUGGCGAAUAACUCUCAUCGUGCUAAAUGGAAGGUCAUUAGUCCUACCGGGAAUGAGGCUAUGGUCCCAUCCGUGUGCUUCACCGUUCCUCCACCAAACAAAGAAGCAGUUGACCUUGCAAACAGAAUUGAGCAACAGUACCAGAAUGUCCUGAGUCUUUGGCAUGAGUCUCACAUAAACAUGAAGAGUGUAGUAUCCUGGCAUUAUCUCAUCAAUGAAAUUGAUAAAAUUCGAGCUAGCAAUGUGGCUUCAAUAAAGACAAUGUUACCUGGUGAACAUCAGCAAGUUCUGAGUAAUCUACAGUCUCGUUUUGAAGAUUUUCUAGAAGACAGCCAGGAAUCCCAAAUAUUUUCAGGCUCAGAUAUAACACAACUGGAAAAGGAGGUUAAUGUAUGUAAGCAGUAUUAUCAAGAACUUCUUAAAUCUGCAGAAAGAGAGGAGCAAGAGGAAUCAAUUUAUAAUCUCUAUAUCUCUGAAGUUCGAAACAUCAGACUUCGGUUAGAGAACUGUGAAGAUCGAUUGAUUAGACAGAUCCGAACUCCCCUGGAAAGAGACGAUUUGCAUGAAAGUGUGUUCAGAAUCACAGAGCAGGAGAAACUAAAGAAAGAACUGGAACGACUUAAAGAUGAUUUGGGAACAAUCACAAAUAAAUGUGAAGAAUUUUUCAGUCAAGCAGCGGCUUCUCCAUCAGUUCCUACCUUGCGGUCUGAGCUCAGUGUGGUCGUUCAGAGCAUGAACCAAGUCUACUCUAUGUCUUCCACUUACAUAGAUAAGUUGAAAACUGUCAAUUUGGUGUUAAAAAACACUCAAGCUGCAGAAGCCCUUGUAAAACUCUAUGAAACUAAACUGUGUGAAGAAGAAGCAGUUAUAGCUGACAAGAAUAAUAUUGAGAAUCUAAUAAGUACUUUAAAGCAAUGGAGAUCUGAAGUAGAUGAAAAGAGAGAGGUAUUCCAUGCAUUAGAGGAUGAGUUGCAGAAAGCUAAAGCCAUCAGUGAUGAAAUGUUUAAAACAUAUAAAGAACGGGACCUUGAUUUUGACUGGCACAAAGAAAAAGCAGAUCAAUUAGUUGAAAGAUGGCAAAAUGUUCAUGUGCAGAUUGACAACAGGUUACGAGACUUAGAAGGCAUUGGCAAAUCGCUGAAGUACUACAGAGAUACCUGUCACCUUUUAGAUGAUUGGAUUCAGCAGGUUGAAACUACUCAGAGAAAAAUUCAGGAAAAUCAGCCUGAAAAUAGUAAAACCCUAGCCACACAGCUGAAUCAACAGAAGAUGCUGGUGUCCGAAAUAGAAAUGAAACAGAGCAAAAUGGAUGAGUGUCAAAAAUAUGCGGAACAGUACUCAGCUACAGUGAAGGACUAUGAAUUACAAACAAUGACCUACCGGGCCAUGGUAGAUUCACAACAAAAAUCUCCAGUGAAACGCCGAAGAAUGCAGAGCUCAGCAGAUCUCAUUAUUCAAGAGUUCAUGGAUCUAAGGACUCGGUAUACUGCUCUGGUCACUCUCAUGACACAAUAUAUUAAAUUUGCUGGUGAUUCAUUGAAGAGGCUGGAAGAGGAGGAGAAGUCACUGGAAGAAGAAAAGAAAGAGCAUGUUGAUAAAGCCAAAGAAUUGCAGAAAUGGGUGUCAAAUAUCAGCAAGACAUUGAAAGAUGGAGAGAAGGCUGGAAAAUCUCCCUUCUCUAACCAAAAGAUAUCCAGUGAGGAAAUAUCAACCAAGAAGGAACAAUUAUCUGAAGCACUUCAAACCAUGCAGCUUUUUUUGGCUAAACAUGGAGACAAAAUGACAGAUGAAGAAAGAAGUGAACUGGAAAAACAAGUGAAAACUCUUCAAGAAGGUUAUAAUUUAUUAUUCAGUGAAUCUCUGAAACAACUGCAAGAAUCACAAACCUCAGGAGAUAUAAAGGUAGAGGAAAAGCUGGAUAAAGUGAUUGCAGGCACCGUUGAUCAGACAACUGGAGAAGUCCUUUCCAUCUUUCAGGCAGUUUUAAGAGGCCUCAUUGACUAUGACACAGGAAUUAGGUUGCUUGAGACACAACUAAUGAUUUCUGGUCUAAUUUCACCAGAAUUAAAAAAGUGCUUUGAUCUUAAAGAUGCUGAAAGUCAUGGCCUUAUUGAUGAACAAAUUCUGUGCCAACUCCAAGAACUAAAUAAAGCUAAGGAGAUUAUUUCUGCUGUGUCAUCUACUACAAUUCCAGUACUAGAUGCUCUGGCUCAGAGUGUGAUAUCAGAAUCCAUGGCCAUCAAAGUUCUUGAGAUACUGCUUUCUACAGGCUUUCUGGUUAUUCCAGCCACAGGAGAACAGUUGACCCUACAGAAGGCUUUCCAACAGAACUUGAUUUCCUCUGCAUUAUUUUCUAAAGUCCUGGAAAGACAAAAUAUGUGCAGAGAUCUUAUUGACCCCUGCACCUCUGAGAAGGUGUCUUUAAUAGAUAUGGUACAAAGAAGUAUUUUACAAGAAAACACUGGAAUGUGGCUUCUACCUGUGAGACCACAAGAAGGAGGUAGAAUAACAUUAAAAUGUGGAAGAAACAUAAGCAUUUUAAGAGCAGCUCAUGAAGGUCUCAUAGACCGUGAAACCAUGUUUAGGUUAUUAGGGGCACAGCUUCUUUCUGGAGGGCUGAUCAAUGGCAACUCUGGUGAGAGAAUGACUGUUGAAGAAGCCGUGGCAGAAGGGGUGAUUGACAGAGACACUGCCAGCAGUGUUCUCACCUACCAGGUUCAGACCGGCGGAAUCAUCCACUCGAACCCUGCUAAACGUUUAACCGUAGACGAAGCAGUCCAGUGUGACUUAAUCACUUCCAGUAGUGCUCUUCUGGUACUAGAGGCUCAGCGAGGCUACGUUGGCCUCAUUUGGCCUCACUCUGGUGAAAUAUUUCCCACAUCGUCGUCCUUGCAGCAAGAGUUGAUUACAAAUGAAUUGGCCUACAAAAUCCUGAAUGGCAGGCAGAAAAUAGCUGCUCUUUACAUUCCAGAAAGUUCUCAAGUCAUUGGUUUGGAUGUUGCUAAGCAGCUGGGGAUUAUAGAUAAUAACACAGCAUUGAUUUUAAAAAAUAUAAUACUGCCUGAUAAAAUGCCAGAUUUAGGAGAUUUAGAAACUUGUAAAAAUGCCAGAAGAUGGCUCUCUUUUUGUAAAUUCCAGCCAUCCACUGUUCAUGAUUAUAGGCAAGAAGAGGACGUUUUUGAUGGAGAAGAGCCAGUGGCAACUCAGAGCUCAGAGCAAACUAAAAAAUUAUUCCUAUCUUAUUUGAUGAUAAAUAGCUAUAUGGAUGCAAACACAGGGCAAAGGCUUUUGCUGUACGAUGGAGACUUGGGUGAGGCUGUUGGUAUGUUACUGGAAGGCUGUAGUACAGAAUUGCAUGGGGACACACCCAUGAAAGAUUGUCUUGAUGUCUUAAGCUUCCCUGGUGUAUUUCUUAAUAAUGCUCCAAGUAAAGAAAAGGAUGAAAGUACAGUUUCACCAGGUCAUUUUGAUCAAUGUCAUUGCAGAGAGCCUGAACAUGAAGAGACCCCUGAAAAUAAAAACUGUGCCAUAGAUGAAGAGUUUCAUGAAAUGGGAAAUAAUGUUAUCAGUAGUGAAUUUUGUCAGACAGAAAGCCCGGCAAAUAUAAUAUCAAUUGAUCAUAAACUUAACAGUUCCUCCAGUGUGCGUGUUCCCAAUCCUGUAUCAUACUUAACACAGACUGAACUUCCAAAAGUUAGUGUGCUUAGACAUGACUCUGAAAGCAUAUUUGAACACUGUGAAAAUCAAACUCAAGUUGAAACUAAUGACCGUGCAAAUGAAUGUAGUCAUCCUAAAGACAUUAAAAACUUUGCAAGUGAUUUGAUUACAAAUCCUAUUGUGAAAUCAAAAACAAGUAGAUUCUGUAAUUUCAAUGAAACAGAGAGUGAAGAUAAUAUAAACAAGGAUUCACUUACCUUUGACUAUUCACCCAGACUAAGUGCAUUGUUAACUCAUGACAGAUUGAGGCACAGUCAGGGAGGUUUUAAUGAUGCACACACACCAGACAGUAGUGGAAAUAAAUGUGACACCUCUACAUUGUCAUUCAAUGACCAAACCACGUUAUUGCAUCACAGAAUGGGAGAAAAAUUUCAAGACCAGUUUCUGGGUAUUGCAGCUAUUAACAUUAGUUUACAGGGAGAGCACUCUGGACAGAAAGCUUUAAAUACUGGUUGUAGUAAUCCUCAAGUACAAUAUCACAAUGAUGAAUGCAUUUCAUAUACUUCUGGUGAGGAUGAAAACAUACAUACCGCUUCUCAGCAGAAACCUGAAGAUGAGCAAAAUGAGGCUGAAUUAGAAGAGUACCCCUGUGCAGCUCCUAUUUGUGGGAUGCUAUUGCUUGAAGAAACCGUCAGUGCUGGUGACUAUGAAACGUCGCUGCUGGAUGGUCAGAAGAGCGACACGGGAACAGACACUGAUAGUGAUGAUAACUUUUACGAUACUCCCUUGUUUGAAGAUGAUGACCAUGAUUCUCUGCUGCUUGAAGGUGAUGAUCAGGAUGGUCUGCAACCUGAGGACUAUGACACACUGCAAGAGGAAAAUGAUGGGGUGACUCCUCCGGGCGAUGUUUUUUAUGAUGUUUCAAAAGGGAAUGAAAAUUCUGUGGUUCCCCAGGAGGGACUAGUUGGUAGCUCAAGUGUGAGGGGUAAAGCACAGUGUCUUCAGGAUUUUCUCACAGGUAUUGAGAAAGCUGAAUUAGAUUCUGGUGAAGGAAUACAUUUAAAUUCAUUUAGCUCAGAGAAAGUGAACGGACGGUCUCUGGAAACUAUAUUAGAAAGGGAAUGCACAAAUACCCUUGAAGGUGAUGAGUCUGACUCUUUGACUGAUUAUGAAAUUGUAGGAAAGGAAGAGAGCUUCAGUGCUUCAUUAAAAUUUGAUGACACUGGCUGUUGGAGAGGAAGAAAAGAAGAGUAUGUAACUGGACAAGAAUUUCAAUCUGAUACUGAUCAUUUAGAUUCUAUGCAAAGUGAAGAAAGUUACGGGGAUUAUAUAUGUGACAGUAAUGAUCAGGAUGAUGACGAUGAUGAUGGUGGUGCUGAUGACCAUGGCGAUGGUGAUGUCGAUGCUGGUGUUGAAGGAGGAGGAGGAGUGGGAGAUGAGAACAGAAGGCUCAGGUGCCAAGAUGAGACUGAAGAUACGGAUAUCCAGUUGUGUGCCUCCAUUGUAAGUGAAAAGGAAAACGAAGAUGAAAGUCAAAGUAUUAAUAAAAAGAUUCUGCUGGAUAAAAACCAUGAUUAUAGUUUUAUAGAAAAACAGCAAAGUGCAAAUGUUUUACAGCUGGAAUCAAGUAAGAGUAGCUUAGUUACCGAAAGAAGCAACGCUCCAGAAUAUACAACUGAGAUUGUUGGAAAAAGCAAAGAAAAUCUGUUGAAUGAUGAGAUAACACUUAAGGAUAUAUUGCUGCCUACCAUUAAAGAUGCUGAAUCUGAAAAAACCUUUGGCUCUGUAGAUAUUUCAUCUAAUAAUAAUAUCAGUUCAACUUCUGAAUUAGAUAAUCUAACAAACACAGAGGUUAAGAUGAUUCAAGAGCCACAAUCUACUGACUGUGUGAAAGGUAGAGAUCAGUAUUUUGAGAAUGUAACACCUAAAAAUGACUCAUCUUUGGAUAAAAUCAUUUAUUCUGAGCCUGAUUUAAUAGGAGAACCUGCUGAGGGAAGCCAUUUCUCACCCAUAGCUUCUGUCACUGACAAAGAUCAUGAAGGAAAUGGAAGAGAUCUUAUUAAAGGGAGAGAUGGAAAGAAUGAUGCACCAACAGAAGAUGAAACAUCAAUUCAGAACACAUACUUGAGUAAAGGAGAAGUGCUUGUAGAAGGUCGAAUAGAAGAAGAAAAUAAAUAUCUCGAACUUUUGCCUAGUAAAAGUGCAAGGGAUGGUCUUGAUCUAGUUAAUAGUCCAUUUCCAUUUCCACAAAUCACAAACAGUGAAGAACUUAAUCAGAAAGGAAGCCUUAAAAAAUCAACUGUGGCUCUUGAAGAUGAACCAGAGAAUCUACAAACAAUGGCUGGUAACAGUCCUGUUCAGUUUGAGAACCUUGAAGAAAUAUUUGACACAUCAGUUUCCAAAGUUAUCAGUGAUGACAUUACUUCAGACAUCCCAUCCUCUGAAGGGAGUACACUUAUGGAGAAACAUUCACUCAUUGAUGGACCUGAAAAAGAGGUUGAUUUAUUUACUUAUUUAAAACAUUGUGCUAAAAAUAUAAAAGCAAAAGAUCUGCCGAAACCAAAUGAAGAUGUCCCAAGCUGUGUUUUAAUAGCUGCCCCUCCCAUGAAAGAGCAUUUACAAUCAAGAGUUAAUAAUGCAGAAGAGAAGUCAACUCAUUCCCAAGAAGACUCGCCUCCAAAUGAGAUGGUCCAACGUAAUGAUCUUUGUACUAAAGAAAGCAUCUCAGAAGGAGGAACCGAAAUUCCUCAGUUCACACCAGCAAAUAAAGAAACCACACUUUCAAUCUUACCUCUUAAAAAUGUGGAAGACCUUGGAAAAAAUACUGAUUUUGUGCCGUCAGAGCUCUGUAGAAAUGGAAUAAGAAAUGAUAACUCCAGUAACACUUUAGAUACUGACUACUCAUCCUUAGAAAUUAACAGUGAGAAGGAAAGAAUUGAGAAACAGCCACCAAAAGAGCAAGGCUUGUCUCCAAGAUCCCAAGAAAAGGAGUCUCAGAUUCCUGAAUUUGUUGAGGAUGUAAAGGGUAUCUUAAAAAGCAAGUUGAAAGAAAGUCAUGGGAAUCCUCAAGAGGUUGAAGAACCUUCAGCCUGUGUAGACACUAGGAUUUUAAUUCAAAACUUAAUUAAAAGGGUUAGCACGUCACAGUUGGUAAAUGAAGCAUCUGGUAUACCCAGUGACUCUAAAAUCAGUGACCAUACUGGAGUUUCCCCCAUUAGUAGUUCAUCGGAACUAAAAGUAGAGAGUAGAGAUGAUCCUAUUGCAAAUCUUAAGUCUCAACUUCUCCUUGCUAUACUGAAGCAAAAUCAACAUAGCCAAAGGAUUCCAGGAGCAUUUGAAUUGAUGAGAGAAUUAACUCAAAUGGAGUAUGACCUAGGCAAAAGAGGUAUUACCUCUCAAGUCCUUCCACUGCAACUUGAAAAUAUUUUCUGCAAGCUGCUUGCCGGUGGAUACUCAGAAAAAGUAGAACAGGUUGGAGAUUUGAAUCAAAAAGCAUGUACUUCUUCUGAGAUGGUGGAAGGAAAGUCACACAUUCUUGGUGAUCUUAAAAGCAAAGAAGGAAAUCACUGUUCUCUUAAUUUACAAACUACAGAAGAAAUUGGACUAGAAAGUUCUGCUGUGUGUGCGUCAGCACUGCAAAGAGAUGAGAAGCUUGAGGAGCUAUGUAAUGAUUCCCCAAACCAUUUGGAAUGUAUUUCAGAGUUGAAACGAAUGACUUCUGGAGAUAGCUCAAUGGAACAAUUUUCCAGCGAGUUGCAGCAAUGUUUACAGCACACUGAAAAAAUGCAUGAGUAUUUGGCUUUGCUUCAAGAUAUGAAACCCCCCUUAGACAACCAGGAGUCUCUGGAUAACAAUCUAGAAACUCUGAAGAAUCAAUUUAAACAGUUAGAGACAUUUGAAUUGGGAUUGGCUCCAAUUGCUGUUAUUUUAAGAAAAGAUAUGAAGUUGGCAGAAGAUUUCUUAAAGUCUCUUCCCAGUGACUUUCCCAGAGGGCGUCUUGAGGAAUUAAGUGUAAGCCACCAGAGUUUGCAGACCGCCUUCUCUUCCCUCAGCAACAUGUCUUCAGAAAGAAGGAAACAGAUCAUGCUUGCAAUUGACUCUGAAAUGUCUAAACUAGCAGUUUCCCAUGAAGAAUUUCUGCAUAAACUUAAGUCAUUCUCAGAUUGGAUAUCAGAGAAGAGCAAAUCUGUGAAGGAUAUCGAGAUUGUGAAUGUUCAAGAUCCUGAACAUGUAAAGAAAAGUUUGGAGUUUCUCAAGAAUGUAAUAAAAGAACUCGGACAUACCAAAAUGCAGCUGGAAACUACUGCUUUUGAUGUGCAGUUCUUCAUUUCUGAAUAUGCACAAGAUCUGUCUCCCAACCAAAACAAACAACUGCUGGGACUCUUAAACACAACUCAGAAGUGUUUUCUGGAUGUACAGGAAUCAGUAACUACCCAGGUGGAACGUUUAGAGACUCAGUUACAGCUAGAACAAGAUCUUGAUGAUCAGAAGAUUGUGGCAGAGCGUCAGCAGGAGUACAAAGAAAAACUCCAGGGCAUUUGUGAUCUCCUCACCCAAACUGAAAACCGGCUGAUUGGUCACCAAGAAGCCUUUGUGAUUGGAGAUGGCACAGUUGAGUUAAAGAAGUACCAGUCCAAGCAAGAGGAAUUACAGAACGAUAUACAAGGAAGUGCACAGGCAUUGGCAGAAAUAGUGAAAAACACAGAGAACUUCUUGAAAGAGAAUGGUGAAAAGCUGUCACAAGAAGAUAAGGCUUUGAUUGAACAGAAACUUAAUGAAGCUAAGAUAAAAUGUGAACAGCUUAAUUUAAAAGCAGAACAGUCGAAAAAGGAACUGGAUAAAGUUGUGACGACAGCAAUCAAGGAAGAAACUGAAAAGGUUGCAGCUAUGAAGCAGCUGGAAGAAAGCAAAACCAAGAUAGAAGACCUUUUAGACUGGCUAUCCAAUGUCGACAAAGACUCAGAAAGGGCAGAGACAAAACACAAACAGGUAAUUGAGCAGAAUGGGACCCAUUUUCAAGAAAGUGAUGGCAAGUCGAUGAUGGGAGAAGAGGAUGAAGUUAAUGGUAACCUGCUGGAAACGGAUGUUGAUGGGCAAGUUGGAACCACUGAGGAGAAUCUGAACCAGCAAUACCAGAAAGUUAAGGCCCAACAUGAGAAGAUCAUCUCUCAGCACCAAGCAGUCAUCAUAGCCACUCAGUCUGCACAAGCCUUGCUCGAGAAACAGGGUCACUAUCUCUCCCCUGAGGAGAAAGAGAAACUGCAAAAGAACAUGAAAGAACUGAAAGCACAUUAUGAAACUGCACUGGCUGAGUCAGAGAAGAAAAUGAAGUUAACGCACUCUCUGCAGGAAGAAUUAGAAAAGUUCGACGCUGAUUAUACCGAGUUUGAGCACUGGCUGCAGCAGUCAGAGCAAGAACUUGAAAACCUGGAGGCAGGUGCAGACGACUUCAGUGGUUUAAUGACCAAACUGAAGAGGCAGAAGAGUUUCUCAGAAGAUGUUAUUUCUCACAAAGGUGACUUGAGGUACAUCACCAUUUCUGGAAACAGAGUGUUAGAAGCUGCCAAAUCUUGCAGCAAGAGAGACGGCAGCAAGGUUGACAAGGCCAAUAUUGACACUUCUGCAACCCACAGAGAAGUUCAGAGCAAAUUGGAUCAUGCUAGUGAUCGGUUCAGGUCUCUCUACUCUAAGUGCAGUGUUCUUGGAAAUAAUCUUAAAGAUCUGGUGGAUAAAUAUCAACACUAUGAAGAUGCUUCCAGUGGACUUAUUUCCGGGCUCCAGGCCUGUGAGGCCACAGCGAGCAAACACUUAUCUGAACCUAUUGCUGUGGAUCCCAAAAACCUGCAAAGACAAUUAGAGGAGACCAAGGCUCUGCAAGGACAAAUAUCAAGUCAGCAGGUUGCUGUAGAGAAACUGAAAAAAACAGCUGAAGUGCUUUUAGAUGCCAGGGGAUCUUUACUUCCAGCCAAGAAUGAUAUCCAGAAAACACUUGAUGACAUUGUUGGGAGAUACGAUGAUCUGUCCAGGUCUGUUAAUGAACGAAAUGAAAAACUCCAGAUAACCCUGACACGUUCGCUGAGUGUGCAGGACGGCUUGGAUGAAAUGCUGGACUGGAUGGGGAAUGUGGAAAGUUCUCUGAAAGAACAGGGCCAGGUACCCUUAAACUCUGCUGCUCUUCAGGAUAUCAUCAGUAAAAACAUUUUGUUGGAACAGGAUAUUGCAGGUCGUCAGAGCAGUAUCAAUGCCAUGAAUGAAAAAGUAAAGAAAUUUAUGGAAACAACAGACCCAUCCACCGCAUCCUCACUGCAAGCCAAAAUGAAGGACUUGUCUGUUCGGUUUGCCGAAGCAAGUCAUAAACACAAAGAAAAACUCGCCAAAAUGGAGAAGCUAAAAACCAAAGUAGAACUGUUUGAGAACCUCUCAGAAAAGCUCCAGACAUUUUUGGAAACAAAAACUCAGGCUCUUACUGAAGUAGAUGUGCCAGGAAAAGAUGUUACUGAAUUGUCUCAGCAUAUGCAGGAAUCAACUUCUGAAUUCUCAGAACACAAGAAAGACCUUGAAGUUUUGCAUAGUCUCCUGAAGGAGAUAUCCAGCCAUGGCUUACCAGGUGAUAAGGCUCUGGUUUUUGAAAAAACAAAUAAUUUGUCAAAGAAAUUCAAAGAAAUGGAGGAUACCAUCAAAGAAAAAAAAGAAGCUGUAACUUCUUGUCAAGAACAAUUGGAUGCUUUCCAAGUCCAUGUGAAAUCAUUGAAAUCAUGGAUAAAAGAAACAACAGAAAGAGUUCCCAUUGUGCAGCCUUCUUUUGGUGCAGAGGAUUUAGGAAAAUCUUUGGAAGAAACUAAGAAAUUACAAGAAAAGUGGAGUUUAAAAACACCAGAGAUUCAGAAAGUGAACAACAGUGGGAUCUCACUAUGUAACCUAAUAAGUGCUGUGACUACCCCUGCAAAGGCAAUAGCAGCAGUUAAAUCAGGCGGAGUAGUAAAUGGUGAAGGAACAGCUGCAAAUACUCAGGAAUUUUUGGCAAAUAAAGGUUUAACAUCCAUUAAAAAGGAUAUGACUGACAUAAGUCAUGAUUAUGAAGAUCUUGGCCUCUUACUCAAGGACAAAAUAGCAGAAUUGAAUUCUAAACUCUCCAAAUUGCAAAAAGCUCAGGAAGAAUCAAGUGCAAUGAUGCAGUGGUUAGAGAAAAUGAACAAAACUGCAACAAAAUGGCAUGAGACACCCACACCUACAGAUACUGAAGCUGUGAAGACUCAAGUUGAGCAGAAUAAGUCAUUUGAAGCUGAACUGAAGCAAAAUGUAAAUAAAGUACAGGAGUUGAAAGACAAAUUAACAGAACUAUUGGAGGAGAACCCAGAUACUCCUGAGGCCCCCAAAUGGAAACAGAUGUUGACAGAAAUAGAGUCUAAGUGGCAAGAACUCAAUCAAUUAACGAUUGAUAGACAGCAAAAACUGGAAGAAUCCUCCAAUAACCUAACCCAAUUCCAGACUAUAGAGGCCCAGUUAAAACAGUGGCUUGUGGAAAAAGAACUGAUGGUCAGUGUUCUUGGGCCCUUGUCAAUUGACCCAAAUAUGCUGAACACGCAAAGGCAGCAGGUGCAGAUUCUGCUGCAAGAAUUUGAUACUCGGAAACCUCAAUAUGAGCAGCUAACAGCAGCUGGCCAGGGCAUUCUGAGCAGACCUGGAGAAGACCCUUCUUUACAUGGGAUUGUGAAAGAGCAACUGGCAGCUGUGACCCAAAAAUGGGAUAGCCUAACAGGACAAUUGAGUGACAGAUGCGACUGGAUUGACCAAGCCAUUGUGAAAAGCACACAGUAUCAAGGCCUCCUGAGAAGCCUUUCUGAUAAACUGAGUGACUUCGAUAAUAAACUCAGCAGCAGUCUGGCCGUGAGCACGCACCCUGAUGCUAUGAACCAACAGUUGGAAACAGCCCAAAACAUGAAGCAGGAAAUAGAGCAGGAAACGAAGCAGAUAAAAGUGGCCCGGGCACUCUGUGAGGAGUUGUCAGCGCUGGUAAAAGAGGAGUACUUGAAAGCAGAACUGAGUAGGCAACUAGAUGGCAUCUUAAAAUCGUUUAAAGAUAUUGAACAAAAAGCAGAGAACCACGUCCAGCACCUUCAGUCAGCCUGUGCAAGCUCUCAUCAAUUUCAGCAAAUGUCCAGAGAUUUUCAGGCUUGGCUGGAUACGAAGAAAGAGGAGCAAAACAAGUCUCGUCCAAUAUCAGCCAAACUUGAUGUCUUAGAGUCAUUAAUCAGAGAUCAGAAAGACUUUAGUAAAACCUUGACGGCCCAGUCUAAUAUUUAUGAAAAAACCAUUGCAGAAGGUGAAAAUCUGUUAUUAAAAACACAAGGGUCUGAGAAGGCAGCCUUACAGUUACAGCUUAACACGAUUAAAACCAACUGGGAUGGAUUUAAUAAGCAGGUGAAAGAAAGAGAAGACAAGUUAAAAGAUUCAUUGGAAAAAGCCCUCAAGUAUAAAGAGCAUGUGGAGACUCUCCGGCCAUGGAUAGACAAAUGUCAGAACGACCUGGAGGAAAUAAAAUUUUGCUUGGAUCCUGCUGAAACGGAGAAUUCUAUUGCCAAGUUAAAGUCUCUGCAGAAGGAAAUGGACCAACACUUUGGUAUGGUAGAAUUACUGAACAACACAGCCAAUAGCUUGCUCAGUGUCUGUGAGAUAGACAAAGAGGUUGUUACAGAUGAGAAUAAAUCACUGAUCCAGAAGGUAGACAUGGUCACUGAACAACUUCACAGUAAGAAAUUCUCUCUGGAGAAUAUGGCUCAGAAGUUUAAGGAAUUUCAGGAAGUUUCCAAAGAGGCUCAAAGGCAGCUUCAGUGUGCAAAGGAACAGCUGGACAUCCAUGAUUCCCUAGGCCCCCAGGCUUACAGUAACAAAAACCUGACCAUGUUGCAGACUCAGCAGAAAUCACUGCAGACCUUGAAGCCUCAGGUAGAUUUGGCCAAAAGACUCGCACAGGACCUUGUGGUGGAAACCUCAGACUCAAAGGGAACCUCUGAUAUUUUAUUACAAGCAGAAACUUUAGCUCAAGAGCAUAAUGCAGUAAGUCAGCAGGUUGAUGAAAAGUGUUCAUUCUUAGAAACCAAACUUCAAGGCAUUGGGCAUUUCCAGAAUACCAUCCGAGAAAUGUUUUCUCAGUUUGCAGAGUUUGAUGAUGAACUAGAUAGCAUGGCUCCAGUAGGGAGAGAUGUAGAAACAUUGCAAAAGCAAAAGGAGGCUAUAAAAGCUUUUCUGAAGAAACUAGAAGCCCUCAUAGCAAGCAACGACAAUGCCAAUAAAACCUGCAAGAUGAUGCUGGCCACAGAAGAAACAUCUCCUGACCUCGUUGGAAUCAAAAGGGACUUGGAGGCUUUAAGCAAACAAUGCAACAAGUUACUGGACCGAGCCCAAGCCAGGGAAGAGCAGGUUGAAGGGACAAUUGAGCGUCUUGAAGAAUUCUACAGCAAAUUGAAAGACUUUUCUACUCUGCUUCAGAAAGCUGAAGAACAUGAAGAGUCACAAGGGCCCGUUGGUAUGGAAACGGAGACAAUUAAUCAACAGCUUGAUGUCUUCAAGGUAUUCCAGAAAGAAGAGAUUGAACCCUUGCAGUUGAAACAGCAGGAUGUAAACUGGUUAGGUCAAGGCCUUAUUCAGAGUGCUGCUAAAGGCACCAGCACUCAGGGGUUGGAGCAUGACUUGGACGAUGUCAAUACACGGUGGAAGACUCUCAAUAAAAAGGUGGCUCAGCGAGCAGCCCAGCUGCAGGAGGCCUUGCUGCACUGUGGGAGGUUCCAGGAUGCCCUGGAGUCCCUGCUCAGCUGGAUGGUGGACACUGAGGAGCUCGUGGCCAAUCAGAAGCCCCCAUCAGCUGAGUUCAAAGUGGUGAAGGCCCAGAUACAAGAGCAAAAGCUUCUCCAAAGAUUGUUGGAUGACCGCAAAUCUACUGUGGAGGUAAUCAAACGAGAAGGAGAAAAAAUUGCUGCCACAGCAGAGCCUGCAGAUAAAGUGAAGAUUUUGAAACAGCUGAGUCUCUUGGAUAGUAGAUGGGAGGCAUUGCUUAAUAAAGCUGAAACAAGGAAUCGUCAGUUGGAAGGUAUCUCGGUGGUAGCACAGCAAUUUCAUGAAACCUUAGAACCACUGAAUGAGUGGCUUACAACCGUGGAAAAGAGGCUGGUGAAUUGUGAACCCAUAGGAACCCAAGCAGCUAAACUUGAGGAACAAAUUGCACAGCACAAAGCCUUAGAAGAUGACAUCAUCAAUCACAAUAAACAUUUACACCAGGCUGUUAGCAUUGGCCAGUCCUUAAAGGUUUUGAGCUCCAGGGAGGAUAAAGAUAUGGUGCAGAAUAAAUUAGACUCCUCUCAAGUAUGGUACAUUGAGAUUCAAGAGAAAAGUCACAGCAGGUCUGAGCUCCUCCAGCAGGCCUUGUGUAAUGCUAAGAUUUUUGGGGAAGAUGAAGUUGAGCUGAUGAACUGGCUGAAUGAAGUACAUGGCAAACUGAGCAAGCUCUCAGUCCAGGAGUGCAGCCCCGAGGGGCUGUGGAAGCAGCAGGCUGAACUUCGGGUUCUGCAAGAGGACAUCUUACUCAGGAAACAAAAUGUAGAUCAGGCAUUGCUAAAUGGUUUAGAACUACUUAAACAAACCACAGGUGAUGAAGUUUUAAUCAUUCAAGAUAAAUUGGAAGCCAUUAAAGCAAGGUACAAAGACAUUACCAAACUGAGCACCGAUGUAGCCAAGACUCUGGACCAGGCACUGCAGCUUGCAAGGCAGCUGCACUCCACGCACGAAGAUCUGUGCACGUGGCUGGACAAAGUGGAGGUGGAAUUACUUUCCUAUGAAACUCAGGUUCUGCAAGGAGAAGCAGCAAGCCAAGCACAAGUGAGGCAAAAAGAACUGCAGAAGGAAGCUAAGAACAACAAAGCCUUACUAGACUCCCUUAACGAAGUGAGCAGUGCUUUGCUGGAACUGGUACCAUGGAGGGCAAGAGAAGGACUGGAGAAAAUGGUAGCUGAGGACAACGAGCGCUACCGAUUAGUGAGCAACACCAUCACUCAGAAAGUGGAGGAGAUCGAUGCCGCCAUUCUGAGAUCACAGCAGUUUGACCAAGCAGCUGAUGCUGAGUUAUCCUGGAUUACUGAAACAGAAAAGAAAUUGAUGUCUCUGGGUGACAUCAGGCUUGAGCAAGACCAGACUUCUGCUCAGCUGCAGGUUCAAAAGACGUUCACCAUGGAGAUUUUGAGACACAAGGAUAUUAUUGAUGAACUUGUUAAAUCCGGGCAUAAAGUCAUGACAACAUGCAGUGAAGAGGAAAAGCAGUCAAUGAAGAAAAAACUGGACAAGGUACUGAAGAAGUAUGAUGCCAUCUGCCAGAUAAACUCAGAGAGGUAUCUGCAGCUAGAGCGGGCACAGUCCCUGGUUAACCAGUUCUGGGAAACAUAUGAAGAACUUUGGCCAUGGCUGACAGAAACACAAAGAAUCAUCUCUCAACUUCCUGCCCCAGCCCUUGAAUAUGAAACUCUAAGACAACAGCAGGAAGAACAUCGGCAACUGCGAGAGUUGAUAGCUGAACACAAGCCUCACAUAGAUAAGAUGAACAAAACUGGGCCACAGUUACUGGAAUUAAGCCCAGGGGAAGGCUUUUCUAUCCAAGAGAAGUAUGUGGCAGCUGACACCCUUUACAGUCAAAUUAAAGAAGAUGUCAAAAAACGAGCUGUGGCAUUGGAUGACGCCAUUUCUCAAUCAACUCAGUUCCAUGACAAGACAGAUCAGAUUCUGGAGAGCCUGGAGCGCAUUGUGGAGCGUUUGAGGCAGCCACCAUCUAUUUCUGCGGAGGUCGAGAAGAUCAAGGAGCAGAUCAGUGAAAAUAAGAAUGUGUCGGUAGACAUGGAAAAGCUACAACCAUUGUAUGAAACUCUUAAACAGAGAGGAGAGGAAAUGAUUGCUAGAUCUGGGGGCACUGAUAAAGACAUAUCUGCCAAAGCUGUUCAGGAUAAGCUUGACCAAAUGGUUUUCAUUUGGGAGAACAUACACACGCUGGUGGAAGAAAGGGAAGCCAAACUACUAGACGUAAUGGAACUAGCAGAAAAGUUCUGGUGUGAUCACAUGUCAUUGGUAGUUACCACUAAAGAUACUCAAGAUUUCAUCCGGGACCUGGAAGAUCCUGGAAUUGAUCCUUCAGUAGUGAAACAGCAGCAAGAAGCAGCAGAGGCCAUUAGGGAAGAAAUAGAUGGGCUACAGGAAGAGCUGGAUAUAGUUAUUAACCUGGGCUCUGAGCUCAUUGCCGCGUGUGGGGAACCUGAUAAACCCAUUGUCAAGAAGAGUAUAGAUGAGUUAAAUUCAGCAUGGGAUUCUCUAAAUAAAGCUUGGAAAGACCGGGUCGACAAACUCGAGGAGGCAAUGCAGGCUGCUGUCCAGUACCAGGAUGGACUGCAGGCAAUAUUCGACUGGGUGGAUAUUGCAGGUGGUAAAUUAGCUUCAAUGUCUCCCAUCGGAACAGAUCUUGAAACUGUAAAGCAGCAGAUUGAAGAACUAAAGCAAUUUAAGUCAGAGGCCUAUCAACAACAGAUAGAAAUGGAAAGGCUGAACCAUCAAGCAGAGCUUUUGCUGAAGAAGGUAACAGAAGAGAGCGACAAACACACUGUUCAAGACCCACUAAUGGAACUGAAAUUGAUAUGGGAUAGUCUGGAUGAGAGAAUUAUCAACAGACAGCAUAAGCUGGAGGGUGCGCUAUUAGCACUGGGCCAGUUCCAGCAUGCCCUGGAUGAGCUCCUGGCGUGGCUGACCCACACCGAGGGCUUGCUAAGUGAGCAGAAACCUGUUGGAGGAGACCCUAAAGCCAUUGAAAUUGAACUUGCUAAGCAUCAUGUGCUCCAAAAUGAUGUAUUAGCCCACCAGUCCACAGUGGAAGCCGUUAAUAAAGCAGGAAAUGAUCUAAUUGAAUCAAGUGCAGGAGAAGAAGCGAGCAACCUUCAGAACAAGCUAGAGGUUUUAAAUCAACGCUGGCAAAAUGUUUUGGAAAAAACAGAACAAAGGAAGCAGCAGCUGGAUGGUGCCUUGCGCCAGGCCAAAGGGUUCCAUGGCGAAAUUGAGGAUUUACAGCAGUGGCUGACUGACACGGAGCGACAUCUGUUGGCAUCCAAACCUCUGGGAGGUUUACCAGAAACAGCCAAGGAGCAGCUUAAUGCCCAUAUGGAAAUCUGUGCAGCCUUUGAUGCUAAAGAAGAAACAUAUAGGAGUCUGAUGCAGAAAGGCCAGCAGAUGCUUGCAAGAUGCCCCAAAUCUGCAGAGACAAAUAUUGACCAAGACAUAAAUAACUUGAAAGAAAAAUGGGAAUCAGUGGAAACCAAGCUCAAUGAAAGGAAAACUAAACUGGAAGAGGCCCUCAACUUGGCAAUGGAGUUCCACAAUUCUCUGCAAGACUUCAUCAACUGGCUGACCCAGGCUGAACAGACUUUAAAUGUAGCUUCUCGGCCAAGUCUUAUCUUGGACACAGUCUUGUUUCAAAUUGAUGAACACAAGGUCUUUGCCAAUGAAGUAAAUUCUCACCGAGAGCAGAUAAUAGAGCUGGACAAAACUGGAACUCACCUGAAAUAUUUCAGUCAGAAACAGGAUGUUGUCCUAAUUAAGAACCUACUUAUCAGUGUACAAAGUCGGUGGGAAAAAGUGGUUCAACGGUUAGUAGAAAGAGGAAGAUCUUUGGAUGAUGCAAGGAAGAGGGCCAAGCAGUUCCAUGAAGCUUGGAGUAAACUUAUGGAGUGGCUAGAAGAGUCAGAAAAGUCUUUGGAUUCUGAACUGGAAAUUGCCAAUGAUCCAGACAAAAUAAAAACACAACUUGCACAACAUAAGGAGUUUCAGAAGUCACUCGGAGCCAAGCAUUCUGUCUACGACACCACCAACAGAACUGGACGUUCUCUGAAGGAGAAAACCUCCCUGGCUGAUGACAACCUGAAACUAGAUGACAUGCUAAGUGAGCUCAGAGACAAAUGGGAUACCAUAUGCGGGAAAUCUGUGGAAAGACAAAACAAGUUGGAGGAAGCCUUGUUAUUUUCUGGACAAUUCACUGAUGCCCUGCAGGCCCUCAUUGAUUGGCUGUAUAGAGUUGAACCCCAGCUGGCGGAAGACCAGCCUGUCCAUGGAGACAUUGAUUUAGUGAUGAAUCUGAUCGAUAAUCACAAGGCCUUCCAGAAAGAGCUGGGGAAGAGGACCAGCAGCGUGCAGGCCCUGAAGCGCUCGGCCCGAGAGCUCAUCGAAGGCAGUCGGGACGACUCCUCCUGGGUCAAGGUCCAGAUGCAGGAACUGAGCACACGCUGGGAGACCGUGUGUGCACUGUCUAUAUCAAAGCAGACACGGUUGGAGGCGGCCCUGCGCCAGGCAGAGGAAUUUCACUCGGUGGUACACGCGCUCCUGGAGUGGCUGGCGGAGGCGGAGCAAACCCUGCGUUUCCAUGGCGUUCUCCCGGACGACGAGGAUGCUCUCCGGACUCUCAUCGAUCAGCAUAAAGAAUUCAUGAAGAAACUGGAAGAAAAAAGAGCUGAACUGAAUAAAGCCACCAGCAUGGGAGACGCUGUUUUGGCUAUCUGCCACCCGGAUUCCAUCACCACCAUCAAGCACUGGAUAACCAUCAUCCGGGCCAGGUUUGAGGAGGUGCUGGCCUGGGCAAAACAACAUCAGCAGAGAUUGGCAAGUGCUCUGGCUGGGCUCAUUGCUAAACAGGAAUUGUUGGAAGCUUUGCUAGCUUGGUUGCAAUGGGCUGAAACUACACUUACUGAUAAGGAUAAAGAAGUCAUCCCCCAGGAGAUCGAAGAGGUGAAAGCCCUCAUUGCAGAACACCAGACCUUCAUGGAGGAAAUGACCAGAAAACAGCCUGAUGUGGAUAAAGUCACCAAGACCUAUAAGAGGAGAGCGGCUGAUCCGUCCUCAUUGCAAUCCCAUAUUCCAGUACUGGAUAAGGGACGAGCAGGAAGAAAACGCUUCCCAGCAUCAAGCUUAUAUCCCUCUGGAUCACAGACACAAAUCGAAACCAAGAAUCCCAGGGUAAACUUAUUGGUGAGCAAAUGGCAGCAAGUCUGGCUCCUCGCAUUGGAAAGAAGGAGAAAGCUCAACGAUGCCUUGGACAGGCUAGAGGAGCUGAGGGAAUUUGCUAACUUCGAUUUUGAUAUCUGGCGCAAAAAAUACAUGCGGUGGAUGAAUCACAAGAAAUCUCGAGUGAUGGACUUCUUCAGGAGAAUUGAUAAAGACCAGGAUGGGAAAAUCACACGACAGGAAUUUAUCGAUGGAAUUCUUUCCUCAAAGUUUCCAACCAGUCGCCUGGAGAUGAGCGCAGUUGCAGACAUCUUUGACAGAGAUGGUGAUGGAUAUAUUGACUACUACGAAUUUGUAGCAGCCCUUCACCCAAAUAAAGAUGCAUAUAAACCUAUCACGGAUGCUGACAAAAUCGAAGAUGAGGUGACAAGGCAGGUAGCUAAGUGUAAAUGUGCAAAACGAUUUCAAGUUGAACAGAUUGGUGAUAACAAGUACAGGUUCUUCCUGGGAAAUCAGUUCGGAGACUCCCAGCAACUGCGACUGGUUCGGAUCCUACGAAGUACUGUGAUGGUUCGUGUUGGAGGUGGAUGGAUGGCACUGGAUGAGUUCUUAGUGAAAAAUGAUCCUUGCAGGGUUCAUCAUCAUGGGAGUAAAAUGUUACGUUCGGAAUCAAACUCUUCAAUUACUACUACUCAGCCUACUAUAGCCAAAGGAAGAACAAACAUGGAACUGCGCGAGAAGUUCAUUUUAGCAGAUGGCGCCAGUCAGGGCAUGGCUGCUUUCCGACCCCGGGGCCGAAGAUCCCGGCCUUCGUCACGGGGAGCUUCCCCCAACAGAUCUGCCUCUGUGUCCAGUCAGGCCGGGCAGGCGGCCUCCCCGCAGGUCCCUGCCACCAGCACACCCAAGAUUCUCCAUCCUUUAACACGCAAUUAUGGUAAACCAUGGUUGACAAACAGCAAAAUGUCAACUCCUUGUAAACCUGCAGAGUGCUCAGACUAUGCCGUGCCAUCCGCAGAGGGAACACCGAUACAAGGAAGCAAGCUCCGACUCCCAGGAUAUUUAUCAGGGAAAAGCUUCCACUCUGGGGAGGACAGUGGCUUGAUAACAACUGCGGCUGCCAGAGUCCGAACACAAUUUGCUGAGUCCAAGAAGACGCCCAGCCGGCCAGGAAGUCGAGCUGGAAGCAAAGCUGGCAGCAGGGCCAGCAGCCGCCGAGGCAGCGAUGCAUCAGACUUUGACAUUUCAGAAAUCCAGUCCGUGUGCUCAGACGUGGAGACUGUGCCCCCGACGCACAGACCUACGCCCCGAGCAGGUUCUCGGCCAUCCACAGCCAAGCCUUCCAAAAUCCCCACACCGCAGAGGAAAUCGCCUGCCAGCAAAUUGGACAAGUCCUCCAAGAGAUAGUGCAAUUGGUUCCACCAAGAUUCUUCCUCGAGCAUUUAUUAUUUAAGUUUGAACAAUGUAAAAUACGAUGUAGAAAUUCUUGUGAAAUAUUGUAAGAGGCGAGUUUAAAAUUCUGCAGAUGGCCUUAUUUGUGUAUUUGUCUUUUUAUUUUAUCUGUAUAAUUUCUUUUUUGUCAGAUAUUCUGGGGUUACAGUCACAUCAUACGUGAGGGGGAAGAAAGAAUUUAACAUGCACUAACAUUUCUGCACUGCAACGUGUAGAGCACACACUAAAAUCAGUUCCUGUACCUACAGGUAAGUCUACAUCCUCUCUGACAACCACAGCACUACGUGGAUCGCUAACGUUAAGGAUACCUCAAUGACAUUUUCUUCCUUUUAUGGAAACUCUGAAAAGCUGAAAGACACACACAAGGGAUAUAUUUUAAGAUGAUUUAAUGGUAAACUAAAAGACACAGGACAGAAAGACAAACUCAUCCACACACAAUUCUUUAAGCAGUAUCUGACAGAGAACUCACAGGAAGUUACUUCAAGCACUUGCCAGGACUCUGAUCUUCAAGUACCUUGCAACGUUUCUGCGCCAUUGCUCUUGCUCUCAGUGAGGCCAGAGCCAUCCUGGAUAUUAGACCUAUUAUACUGUAAGAAUAUUAUUAUAAAGUGCAUUCAUAUACAUGUGAGGUUUUCUUUUGCUUGAGUGGACAGUAGCACCUGUAUCAUUGAACUCAUUUUGUAUCAAAGCAAUUUUGCUUGCAGAAAGCUAUGAAAUAAAACAUGUCCCUUAACUGCA